AUUAACUUACAUUGUGACUUAACGUUGUAUGUUUCUGGUUCACAGGAGAAAAGCACACCAUUUGUUUAGAAAAUGUCAAGACGCAGCAGUCGCCACACAUUACAAGAAAGAAAUGAAAACGCACCAGAACAGAACAAACCGCAGAGGAAAAGAAAAGGCGAGCAGUGCAAUAGAAGAAUCCCGUCAGCAGCUAAGAAACAAAAUUAUGAAAUUCAGAACCGUUGUUUUGAAGGUGAUAAUAAUCCCAGUGUCUUAAUCGAGACUCCUCAGAAGGAGACUCAUGAGGAGACCGGUAAUCUCUCUGGUUUUAAGCGCUUCAGAUUCAAGAACCUCUUUGUGAAGCCCUCUCCACUGCCAUGCCUCAGUUGGGCCAGUUCAGAUGAUGUGUGGAUAAAGAUGCUGAACAAGGAGCUGAAGUAUGUACAUGACAAGAGCUUCAUCCAGCAACAUCCAGCCCUGCAGCCCAAAAUGAGGUCUAUUCUACUGGACUGGCUCAUAGAGGUCAGCGAAGUUUAUACUCUGCACCGAGAGACGUUUUACUUGGCUCAGGACAUCUUUGAUCGCUUCAUGCUCACUCAGAAAGACACUGGCAAAGAUCAACUGCAGCUCAUCGGCAUAACAUCACUCUUCAUAGCCUCAAAGAUAGAGGAGAUUUACCCGCCAAAGCUGCAGGAGUUUGCUUAUGUGACGGACGGGGCCUGUAAUGAGGAGGAGAUUCUUUCUAAAGAGCUUGUCAUGUUGAAGGCGUUAAAUUGGGACCUCUGUCCUGAGACAGUCAUCUCAUGGUUGAAGCUCUACUCUCAAGUGGACUCUUUGAAGGAUGACGCCAGUUUCCUCAUUCCUCAGUUCUCACAGGAAACCUACAUCCAAAUCGCACAGUUGUUGGAUCUGUGCAUUUUGGACAUUAAUUCUUUGGAUUACCAGUAUGGAGUCCUCGCUGCUGCUGCAUUUUGUCACUUUACGUCUUUUGAAACGGUCCAUAAAGUAUCAGGGCUCACAUGGGACAGCAUAUCAAGCUGUGUGCGGUGGAUGAACCCAUUUGUGCGGACGGUAGGCGAAUGGCCCAGACCACAGCUGAAGGACUUCAAAAAGGUGGCGGCAGAAGAUCGACACAACACACAGACCCACGUGGACUAUCUGGCCAUGCUGAGCGAAGCACAUAAUCGGCAGCAGGACAGCUUGGACCGGAUGUCUCCGUUGGCUGUAGCGGGAAUAUUGACCCCUCCUAAAAGCACUGAGAAACCUGCUGUCUGACGGGUUUGAGGAGAACAUGGCGUAGCUAGUCUUCAUUAUUGCCAUCACAGCCCAGAGAUGCGAGACCUUCUAGACCGACGCAUCCAGAGACAUACAGUCGUGGUUCUUUUGGGGUGGUCUAUAGGAAACAAAUCAACGGCUGAGAUGCCGUAGCUCACAAAACCUCAGAUGUUAUGUGUGAAAUUGAGGGAGAACCUAAAUUUGGUUUCCUGAAGCAGUAUUUGAAGCACUCAAAAGUGCCUUCCAUCGAAGAAUGGAUUCAAAUCCAUUUUCUGAAGCUAGAAGUGAAACGUGAAUGAUCUCAGUCUCAGACUUAACCUGCUUACGAACUCAGAGGUCUGCACAAAUGCUGCUGCUUCAUGGAUCAUAUGUUACCUUUUAUGUUGUGUAAAUAGAAUUGAAUUUUAUUGUGUGUGUGUAUGUGUGCGCUUGUUAUGAAAUGUUCAGAGUUUUGUCGUUAAUGUGGUCCAAUGUCAACCCAGUGGUGCUAAGUCUGCUUGUUAAACCGGACAACCCUGUAAGACGAGCAGAAUCGGUUAGUGGUUUAUUUUCUUAAAUCUUUUGUGAACAUCAUUCCCGUGCUUUUUUUCUUCUGUGAUUGGAAGAUAUUCCUGGAAGACUUGACUGUUUUUUUUUUUACCCCUCAGAAGUGAGUUUAACCAAACUGAAUUUGAGCAAACUGCGUAUUUAUUUCAUAUAGGUAGAUUUGUAUUAUUUGAAUUGCAAAUUUUCUUUCCUCAAUGCCAAAGGCAUAUUUAAUAAUUUGAGGUGCUUGCUAUUUAUGAAUUACAUGCCUUGUUUGUAGCAUAGCCUGAUUUAAAUUUGACCUGGACUUGAGCCAAUGGUGUUAGCUACAUUUGUUGGAAUAAGAACAGUGUAAAAAGUACUAUGAAUUGUACAUAAGAUGUAUAUGUGUACAAAUAACAAUGUCAAGAUUCUGUAAUUUACAAUGUGGAGUUAUUAAAAAAAUGAAAGAAAAA